CGAAGCUCUACCCGUCUGGGGAACGCGGAGGGCGGGAUCGAGGGCUAGAGAGGCCGGAAGUGCGGCGAGCCCGGGGACGCGCUGGCCGCGUCGGCGGUGGGUCGCCUCGCUGUCUCUCCGGUCUUCCGCUCCCGGCUCGGGGUCGAGGAGGCCCCAGAAGAACCCUGGGAUGGACGGAGACGCAGUGCGGCCCCCCGCCGAGCCACCCACGAGGAAGAAAUUCUUCAUACCACUGGGCGAGGAUGAGGCCCCUCCUGUAGGGGUCAAGCCCUUAUUCAAAUCCACCCGGAGCCUGCCCACUGUGGAGACCUCGGUUCAGGCAGCCCCUCAGACCUAUGCAGAGUAUGCCAUCUCGGGACCUCCAGGACUGGCUGGAGCUCCACACCCCACCGGGCCAGAACCCCUGACAGGAGAGACCCCCAAUCAGGCCUCCAAACCAGGGGCGAAAUCCAACAGCAUCAUUGUGAGCCCCCGCCAGAGGGGCAACCCUGUGCUGAAGUUUGUGCGGAACGUGCCCUGGGAAUUUGGUGACGUGCUUCCCGACUAUGUGCUGGGCCAGAGCACCUGUGCCCUGUUCCUCAGCCUCCGCUACCACAAUCUCCACCCGGACUACAUCCACGAGCGGCUGCAGAGCCUGGGGAAGAGUUUUGCGCUGCGGGUCCUGCUGGUCCAGGUGGACGUGAAAGAUCCUCAGCAGGCCCUCAAGGAGCUGGCUAAGAUGUGCAUCCUGGCCGACUGCACCCUGGUCCUUGCCUGGAGCCCCGAGGAGGCCGGGCGGUACCUGGAGACUUACAAAGCCUAUGAGCAGAAGCCGGCCGACCUCCUGAUGGAGAAGCUGGAGCAGGAUUUCGUCUCCCGGGUGACUGAAUGCCUGACCACCGUGAAGUCAGUCAAUAAAACAGACAGCCAGACCCUCCUGACAACUUUUGGGUCUCUGGAACAGCUCAUGGCUGCAUCGAGGGAAGAUCUGGCUUUGUGUCCAGGCCUGGGGCCCCAGAAGGCCCGGAGGCUGUUUGAUGUCCUACACGAGCCCUUCUUGAAAGUGCCCCGAUGACCCCAGCUGUGAAGGAGGAGGCCCUCAGUGUAACAAUAAAGCAUUUUUCCUGGCC